AUGGAGAUUCAAAACACAUAUGCCGUGCAUCCCUUGUACUUUGGUACAUCUAUGUUCGAGGACAACGCCAUGCUCGCUACGCGCAGUGAGCUUGUGGCAACAUUACAAGUACGCAUGGUGUCCUGGGUAUGA